AUGGAGAAACCACCCACUCCUGUCUCCAAGCCUCCUCCGGUGGAGAAGCCACCAGUAUACAAGCCUCAUCCAAUAGAGAAACCACCAGUAGAAAACAAACCACCCACUCCUGUCUACAAGCCUCCUCCGGCAGAGAAGCCAGCACCAGAGCAGAAGCCACCAACACCUGUGUACAAUCCCCCAAAAGUGGAGAAACCACCACCUAAAGACAAGCCAGUUCUCACUAUUCCCUCCUUAGCCGAUUAUCAGAAGCAGGCUUCUUCUCUAUAUGGAAAACCACCUUCACCUGAGUACAAGCCUCCUCCAGUGAAGAAGCCGCCACCACCAGAGUACAAGCCGCCAAGCAGUACUCCUGUUUAUGAGAAGCCUCCACCAAUGAUUAAAUCACCACCACCAGAACAGAAACCACCAAAGGAAGAGAGGCUGGCCACCAUCCAAACAGAAGCCUCCUUCCAUGGAGAAGCCACUAGUGCCUGUUUAUAA